AGUAGCGCAGGGGAAGAAGGCGGGUCCAGGAUAAAUACUGCGUUAAGCUGCCCGCCCUGUUUACAUUGUGUCAUCUGCUGGAAGAGGCCGGUAGUGGAGAGAAGAGGACCAAAUUCUCAACAUCAUGGCGAAAAAAGUGGACAUCAAGUACACACAGAUAUUCAUCAACAAUGAAUUUGUUGAUUCAGUUUCCGGGAAGAAAUUUCCUGUUUACAACCCCACAAAUGGAGAAAAAAUUGCUGAUGUUUCAGAGGGUGACAAGGCAGAUGUAGACAAAGCAGUUGCUGCAGCCAAAGCAGCAUUCAAGAGGGGUUCAGAAUGGAGGACAAUGGAUGCUUCAAAGCGAGCAGUACUGAUGCACAAGCUAGCAGACUUGAUAGAAAGAGAUAUUCACUAUUUGGCUGUACUGCAGAGCAUGGAAGGAGGGAAGAUAUUCCCAGCUUCAUAUGGUGAAAUCAUAUUUUCUGCCAACUGUUUACGUUACCUUGCUGGCUGGGCUGACAAAAUCCAUGGUCACACCAUACCUACAGAUGGCCCUUACUUCACCUACACACGGAAAGAGCCUGUUGGAGUAGUUGGGCAGAUAAUACCAUGGAAUGCUCCUGUACUGAUGGCUGUAUGGAAAUUAGCUCCAGCUUUCGCUACUGGGUGCACUGUAGUACUGAAGCCUGCUGAAGAUACGCCUAUCAAUGCUUUAUACAUUGCAGCUCUGUGCAAAGAAGCUGGAUUUCCUGCUGGAGUUGUCAAUGUUGUCCCAGGAUAUGGGCCAACUGCAGGAUCUGCCAUUGCAUCACACCCUGAAAUUUCAAAAGUGGCAUUCACUGGUUCUGUUGCGGUUGGAAAAGCAGUUAUGGCAGCGGCUGCACAGUCAAACUUGAAGAAAGUUUCACUGGAGCUGGGUGGGAAGAGUCCACUGAUAAUACUUCCUGAUGCUGACAUUGAUGAAGCAGUACAGAUAGCACAUGAUGCACUGUUCAUCAACCAAGGACAAGUCUGCUGUGCAGGAACAAGAACUUUUGUGCAUGAAGAUAUAUAUGACGAAUUUGUUAAGAAAGCAAAAGCAAAAGCUGAAGAAAAGAAAGUUGGUGAUCCUCUGGCAGAUGGCAUUCUUCAAGGUCCUCAGAUUAAUGAAAAGAUGAUGAAUAAAGUUCUGAGCUACAUCAAGGCAGGAAAGGAAGAAGGAGCUCGUGUUGAAUGUGGUGGAGAACGUAUAGGUACAGCUGGCUACUUUAUCAAGCCAACAGUGUUCUCAAAUGUUACUGAUGACAUGAAAAUUGCGAAAGAGGAGAUAUUUGGCCCUGUACAAAGUAUUCUAAAAUUCAAAACUCUGGAAGAAGCUAUUGAAAGAGCUAACAAUACGACUUAUGGAUUGGCAUCUGGAAUUGUGACUAAAAAUAUUAAUAAUGCCCUGGUGUAUGCAAAUGCUUUGGAAGCUGGCAAUGUCUGGAUUAACUGCUACAACGUCAUUACACCGCAAGCACCAUUUGGUGGCUACAAGCAGUCUGGAAUUGGCAGGGAACUGGGAGAAGACACACUGCAGGAAUAUCUGCAGGUAAAGACUGUGUCUGUGAAACUUCCAAGCAAAUCGUAAGAUCUUUCAGCCACCAAAUAAGGAUUUUGUUCUGUUAAACAAAUCAUUAUUGUGAAGCUUUAACAAACUUUUGUGCUGAUCAUAUUGUAAAACCAGUAAUAUGGAAAUAAAUUUAUAUUUUUUUAUCAGAGUA